CGCGGAUGCCUGGCGAUGCCUGCUCUCAAUUUGUCUACCACCCCAGUCGCUCUCUCCUGGGCCAACACCUCUGGAGGCGGCGUGCUGAGUGCUGACGAUGCAGCGAUGCCUGUCCAAUUCCUAGCCCUGAGGAUCAUGGUUGCCCUGGCCUAUGGGCUUGUGGGGGCCAUCGGCUUGCUGGGAAACUUGGCUGUGCUGUGGGUACUGGGUAACUGUGCUCGGCGAGCCCCUGGCCCGCCUUCAGACACCUUUGUCUUCAACCUGGCCCUGGCGGACCUAGGGCUGGCGCUCACCCUCCCGUUCUGGGCAGCUGAGUCAGCGCUGGACUUCCACUGGCCCUUUGGAAGUGCCCUCUGCAAGAUGGUCCUGACAGCGACUGUGCUCAACAUCUAUGCCAGCAUCUUCCUCAUCACGGCGCUGAGCAUCGCCCGCUACUGGGUGGUGGCCACGGCCACGGGGCCAGGCACCCACCUCUCACUCUUUUGGGCCCGCGUGGCCACCCUGGCCAUGUGGGUGGCGGCUGCUGUGGUGACAGUGCCCACGGCUGUCUUCGGGGCAGAGAGUGAGGUGUGUGGCGUGCGCCUCUGUCUGCUGCGCUUCCCCAGCAGGUACUGGCUGGGGGCCUACCAGCUGCAGAGAGUGGUGCUGGCCUUCGUGCUGCCCCUGGGCAUCAUCACCACCAGCUACCUGCUGUUGCUGGCCUUCCUGCGGCGGCGGCGGCAGCGGCGGCAGGACAGCAGGGCUGUGGCCCGCUCCGUGCGCAUCCUGGUGGCCUCUUUCUUCCUCUGCUGGUUCCCCAACCAUGUGGUCACUCUCUGGGGUGUCCUGGUGAAGUUUGACCUGGUGCCCUGGGACAGUACCUUCUACGCCAUCCAUACCUACGUCUUCCCUGUCACCACAUGCCUGGCACACAGCAACAGCUGCCUCAACCCCGUGCUGUACUGUCUCCUCAGGCGCGAGCCCCGGAGGGCUCUGGCAGACACCUUCAGGGAGCUGCAGUCCAGGCUGUGGCCCCAGGGCCGGGACUUGGUGGAACAGGUGGCCCUAAAGCAGGCAGGCAGGCGGUGGGUAGCGCGCAUCCCCCAGGAGAGCGGCCCUUCUGCCAUGGUCACCAACCCAGAUAAAGGGACACCCCGGUGAACGGUGCAAGCCGAACAUGCUCCUUUCUGAGGUCUGCCUGGAUCCUUGCAUCCCAGGGAGGGGUGUCCUGUCA